CAAGUAUGGGAUACACUUCAAAAGUUGUUCACUAAGAAAAAUACCGCUCGACUGCAAUUUCUAGAGAAUGAACUAGCUAUGGUAACUCAAGGAAGCCUUGAUUAAGCAAAUGACUAACAGCAACGAGUUUUCCCCAAAGUUAGAAGGUGUGUUGUAUGUCAAAGAUCAAAGGAGACAGAAUUUUCACUCAAGGCCUUCAUCUAGCAAUGAGAAUCAAUUCAGAAGUGACGAGUCGUCAAAGAAGCCAUUUAAAGCUUGUUACAGGUGUGGAAAACCAGGCCACUUUAAACGAGAUUGUCAGUCGAAAGUAGUGUGUGAUCAUUGCAGAAAGCCAGGCCAUAUUAAACCAAAUUGUCGAGUCAAGAUGCAGGAAUCAGAAGCAAAUGCGGUACAUGAAAAUAAAAGUUCUCCAGAUCCAAUUUGGGAAUAUUGCUUAACCACUGAGGUUCUUGACCAGCCAACAAACGUGACUUCAGCCGUAUAUCAAGAUGAUGUUUCUACAGGUGAUCAAAAUUUUAUCCACUACUUACGCUUCUGAGUUUGAUUCUCUCCAAAUUUCGCAUCUGGACUCUCUCUUUUUCUCCGAUUUCAAUUCUAUUGCCCCUGAUGACCCUUCUGUUUACUCCACGGCCUUGGAUUUGAGAUUCGACGAAAAUGAAGUUGUCGAGCUAACGUUUGACGAUCUUGACGGUCUUUACCUCCCCUCUGAGGCUGACGAUUUUCUCAUCUUGGAGAAUUUAGAUCAAACUACCAAUUUGCAGGAUUCGGCUACUGAUGCUCCGCCCCAGUCUGACCCAGAAAUAGCUGCACUGCUUGAUGAUGAUGAUUUAUCACGAUUUGGUUCUGAUGUUGAGGACUUGGAAGAGGAUUUCGUAGUUCAGGAUGCAGAUGUUGACCAUGUGGAGGAUGAUGUUGAUAAGCCACGAACUCGACAGCUUUUGGAUGAUCGAUUUGAUAUCCUCUUAAGUCAGGACUAUGCAUCUAGUGACAACGGUGACAGUGCUUGUGAUGAGCAUGAUGGUUGGGUAGCUGAAGAAGAUGAGUCCCUUGCUCAAAAGCUCAAGCAUGCCCUUGAUGAUCAUAGUAAGGAUGACUUGGACCUUGACCAAGGAUAUAAAGCUUCUACAGAUCAAGAGCUUUUGCAGUCUACCAGUGAUGUAAUUCACCGGUGUAUGGAGUAUGCUGAGUCUGCACAAGUUGAGAUGAAUUAUUACUCUUUCUCAUUAGAAUUGAAUCGCUGCAAUGUGGAACUUAUUAAGAAGGAAAUCAUUGAACAUGAUGUGUCAGUGUCUUAUUCAGGUGGUGGCGUGCCUAAGAAGUCCAUACGCAAGCCUAACUGGAAGAAAUUCUUCGUAGAUUAUUUUGUUCGAGAGAAUGUGUUAACGCAGGAUGUUGAAUUGCAGGAAAUACAUACUAAUGAGCAAGUUGCAGACAUAUUUACUAAGGCACUUGCCAAAGUGAAGUUUGAAGUUUUUCGUAGAAGCUCUCGGAGUUAUUGAGAAAUAAGCUUGCACUAAGGGAGGCUGUCACAAUUUAGUGCAACUUAUUUUAGUUUGAAUUAGUUAUGGAAUAUAUGAUAUUCGUAAUCUUCCAGAAUAUAUUAGUUA